AUGGUCACGAAAAAUCUCCGAAAUGCGAAGUUCGAAGAAAAGAAAAAGUCAACUCGCAGGCGGAGUAUUAUGAGCAGCGAUUACUCCGGCAACGUUCCGACCAACUUAUCCGAAUCUUACUCUGGGCAAUCGUUGGAUUUGGAAUGCAAACGGAGUAACGCGAAUAUCAAGCCGAUCAUCGACCAUGGCAAAAAUCUGACCCCAAAGGACCUCUACACUGGCAAAGCGCACACAAAGCACGGCGCAGUAAAACUGACCGACCUCGACCACGCCAAAGAUAACGACUUCAAAAGUAUGACUUCGGUCUUCAACGGGCCCAACUCUCGUAUCUCUGCCAAUAGCAUCGGCGGCGGGAGCAGCAUCUUCGGAAGAUCGCUGCUCGACAGUAGUAUGCGCCGUAUGUCUGUAACAAAUAAAAGUCUUAUGUCCUUGGGAUCUCCAUCAACGCUAAUUUCCAACGCCAGUUUGCUGUCUUCCUUCCAUUCCGAUAAUCUCACGCCGACGAAUUCCCAGCACUCAAAUCUCAGCAGUUUACAAUCUUCAACCAUCAGCUUACUAAACAAGAAAGAAACUCCUAAAUUGUCCGAAGAGGAGCUCAAAAAGAAUAUCGAAUACAACUUGACGGAAACAGACACAGAAAUCAUUUUCAAAGUAAUCGGCACUGCUGUUGAAGAAAACGAGAACCUGGAGCAGGUGAAAGAGCAAAACGAUAGAUACGACAAAAUCCUGAAAGAAGCUGGGCCGGGUAACGAAAAGUACGUGGCACGGGCGAUGCUGACGUUUAACAAUGCGCUCAAGCACAAAGAAGCUGAGACAGAUAAAAUUGACAGGAUCGACACGGCAAAUCAAGUUUCCAACUCAGCAAUAUGGGACGCAUUUAAUUCACAAACAGAAGAAGAUGACUUUUUCAAAGAAGAAGAGCCGGAGCUGGUUCCUCAAGCACAAGUCCCAGCGGAUCAGGCAACAUCGAAUACAUCGUCGACUACUUCUGAGAGCUCGGGAAGCUUCAACCUCUCAUCAACAGGAAAUCUCGUUCAGCGCCGACCAAAGAUUGUCGAUAAACACGAUAUCAAGAUACGACAUGACGCAAUUUUGAACUCGCCAAAUCUCUUCUCAAAAUUACUGCUGAUGGAGCGCGUAAUCUCGCAGAACAUCCACCAGAGCCAGCUAAGCCGCUACCGUUCGCUAGUGCCCCUCGAUCAGAACGGCAACCGAACGUACGAUGAGUCGGAUAUGACUGACUUUGAUCACGGGCUGAUCAGGCUGUGGUCAUUUAAGGAUGCGCAAUUGAAGGGCUUCAACGUCAAUUCCAUCGCCUUCAACAGGGUCAAUCCGGAUAUUGUCGCUGUUGGUUAUGGUCACAGCCAGAGAGCAAAGGGAGCAUCAAAGAGUCCUGGUCUCGUGUGCGUCUGGUCGAUGAGAAACUUGCAAUACCCAGAGCGCAUCUUCCACCUUCAAGAUAGCGUCACGGCCGUUGAUUUCAGCUCUGCAAGUCCGAAUCUGCUCGCUGUCGGUCUUGCCAACGGAACCAUUCUGAUUUACAAUAUUACAAGGAACAAGGAUGAGCCAAUUGUCGACUCGGUUGAUAGUGAAUCUAAACAUUUAGGCGUCGUUUGGUCGUUGAAAUGGACCGAAAGAGAGCGCGGAACCGAGGAGAAAAAAGAAGUGUUGAUUUCGACCUCGUCCGACGGAACAGUAGUUCAGUGGACGAUCCGCAAGGGCUUCGAGAGUAUCAUUCUCAUCAAAGUCAAGCGCACCUCCUCGAAUAAGAAGCUCAAAAAGGAUCGCAAAACGGAGAAUGCUGUCAUCUCGCAGCUCUCACCGGCUACCUCUUUCAACUUCCAUCCAACUGACGGCAACACCUAUCUUGUCGGUACGGAAGAAGGUCUGAUCCACCGAUGCAGCUGCAGCUACAACGAGCAAACGCUGGACAGCUACACUGGCCACCGGGGCCAAGUCUACGGCGUCCAGUGGCAUCCGACGAUUCCGAAUAUUUUCAUCUCCUGUUCCGAAGAUUGGUCGAUCCGACUCUGGCACCAGCGUCGCUACGACGAGCCGAUCACCUCGAUCCAAUGCUCUCAAAAGCCCAUCCGCGCAGUUCAGUGGUCUCCUUAUUCGCCCAACAUCGCAGCGAGCAUUUCCGCCGACGCAAUCGACAUCUGGGACUUGAGCAUUUCGACGUUGGAUCCAAUCUUCUCGCUGCCCGUCGCAUCCGGCCUCUUCCUCACCUGCAUUGCUUUCAGCCCGACUUCGAACUCCAUCCUCGUUGGCGAUUCGGAAGGAAGCGUGGCAAUUUAUCAACUCAAGGGAUUCAAAAACGCGCCGGAACAAGAUCUCAUCGAUUUCAUCCAAAGCGUUGUUGGAAACAAAAUUAUCGUGAGCUCAAAUUAUCGGACCCUGCUUUUAACUGAUUAUCGAACUGGCUCAACUUUAUCGGGCGAGGUUUUCAACAGACACGAAGACGCAUUUUACAUGUUUGAGCCUGAUCACGUGGUUCUGUGGAACUCGACAACGCAGGUUGACUGGCUGAUGGACUACUUCCGCUGCAAUUUUGCGAGCUUGAGCGAGUCGAAGAUUGAAAACACAUUGGUCGACUGGAGUUCUCACCGCGAUUUCGUUUUCGCGUUCAAAAGUGCUCGUCUCUGCAAGCCACCUUUUUGCUGGGCGGACUUUUCAAAUGAUCCGGUAAAAUGCACGAAAUGUCCAAAGGUGGAUAUUUCGAUGGCACGCUCAGCGUGUGAAAGACACACACCGGUGAUCAAGACAGUGAGGACCAAAGACAUGAAGAAACUAAAAUAUGCGUUUUCGAAGACGCAGAAUAAACUCGAUCCACGAAUCGUCAUCAACGUGCGAGACCCACGAGCUGUUCUCAACUCGAGAAAGCGUCUUGAAGAACAGACCCCAGUCACCUUGGAGAGCAUCAAGAAGUAUUGCGAAUAUAAAGUAGAACAGAAAAAGAUGGUUGAAGAUGACCACUGGUUUGGCAAGAGGACAACAUACAUACGAUACGAAGAUCUGGCACUUUAUCCGGUGGUAGAAGCAACGAGACUUUACGAUUUCACUGGUUUCGCACAAUCUUCAAGUGCAAAGAAAAUCAUGGUGCAACUUACUCACACGACUAACAGCCACAACAGUGAAGCCUAUGGCACUGUCAGGAACGCUACAGAAACCGUCGAAGCCUGGCGAAAUAAUUUAAGCGAGGAAGACAUUUUGCUGAUAAAGAAAAUUGAAGAUGUCUGUUCAGAAAUGAUGCGAAUUUUCAAAUAUGAACCAAUAAAAGCUUAA